AUGGGAGGCAAAAAGAUCUCGGAGCGAUCCAUCAAGAAAAAGUCGGGUCCUACCCACCCGUACUCGAGGAGAGCAACGCAGCUUGCACGAGUAGCACACCGCAAGGACAAGCUCAAUCACGCCAAAUCGGUACGCUGCCGUUCCUCGAACGCCAAGGUCGAUCGCCUCUCUACACUCAUCCUUAUGCUUCCGGACGACAUCGACGCAUUGCCAGAUCUGGCGUCUGUACACACCUUUAUCACUCAAAACUUCCUCACACGUUAUGAUGACGAGCUGCAAGAGCUCAAGGCAGACCGAAGACCAGGUAGGCCUCCGCACAAGCGCGAGAUCGAGCUCAAAGAGACUAUUGCAAAGGAAGCACAAGAGUACGAAGAGGGCCUCGAGCUUCCUGACCUCACCAACGUCACCAAUGUCAAGCUGCUCCGCGACUGGCAGGGCGAUCCUCAAGCACUUCCACUCUUCCGCAUGGUCCGCAUCAGUGGCAAGUACCCCGAGCAGUGCAACCUCAUGCAUCCCGGUACUCACAAGCUACUCCAGCUUGAGCUCAAGCAGCAGAACGAAACAAACGAGUCAGCUGAUGCACAGAUGGUCGCAUCCGACACUCUGAGCACAUAG